AUGACGUUCAAUUCCUUCUCCGACGACCACGAUGAAAAUGGGGAUCGUUUGAUCGGCGAAGGAGCAACGGCCACCCGGAUGAAAAUCCUGGAUGAAGCGAAGCUGAAUCAACAGUAUCACGAUGACAAGCGAUUUCAUCCGUCCGUGCCGAGAGUAGAGAUGCUCCGCAGACGUUCCACGUCUUCGUUUGAUAUGGUGUCCUCUCCACGAAUCAGUGUCGAGCUUCCAAUAACUAAGGGUCUCUUUGGUGGAAGUGGAGGCCACUCCUCCUCCUCCUCCUCCAAAUCGGAGUUUCGGUCGAUCCCGCCCAGAUUACAACGGCAAUCCACGCUGGCCUUGCUUACGGUGGAUGAGGAGACAUCUCCACGAAUCAGUGUCGAGCUUCCAAUAACUAAGGGUCUCUUUGGUGGAAGUGGAGGCCACUCCUCCUCCAAAUCGGAGUUUCGGUCGAUCCCGCCCAGAUUACAACGGCAAUCCACGCUGGCCUUGCUUACGGUGGAUGAGGAGACAAGUCGAAUAUCUUCCAAACGCAAAUUGAGUGAUGACAUCGGGGCUCCCCCACCGCCAUACUCUCAAGUGGCAACGGAUCGCAAUCGACUCAGACCCAAGGGGGUUCGGGAAUCGUUCCAUGGGGAUCUUCAGUCGCUUGAUCACCAAUCCAGUCAGCCAUUGGACGAGUGCUGCUGUUGGCCGUGGUUUCUCAGGAACCGUCCCAUUUUGCGGUUGUUCCUGGUGAUUUGCUUCAAUGGCAUUGUGUCCAUGAUCUGUGCGGCAAUUUUCGUCGAGCUGGAGAGACCGGAACAAUUGAGCCGCUUUGCAGCCAAGGAUGACCUGCAAAUGGAGGUGGAACGGCUCCAUCGGAACCUGACUUACAUGCUGCAAGGUAUCAAUUUCCCACGAGAACGAGCCAUUGAGACCUUGGUCAAAUACUCGGAUGCCCUCAAUGAAUUUACCGACAUUGAAGACGAGAUUCCGUGGGAUAUGCUCGCCGGAGCAGCCUUUGUCAACUCCGUUUCGUCAACGACAGGCUACGGGGAUAUCGUUCCCGUGACCCUGGAAGGCAAGCUGUUCACUCUUGUGUACGCUUUAUAUGGAAUUCCCGUCUUCAUUUGGUAUGUAGUCAAGUUGGGCGCUUUAUUCCGGGUCGUGGUCAUGAGACUGAUUUAUCAGAUGGCAGAUUCUGUGAGAUUCAAUUGCAGUUCCCCUGGGCGAAACCGCAUGCGACAGCAAUUGAAGAAUGUAUUUGUGACCGUAUCUGGGCCGGUCGAGCUCGAGCCCCAUUCGAUCACAGAGGAUUUGCAAGAUGAUAAGAGAUUUCAUCCGAGCAUCAUUGGAGUCAUUCUCCUAGUAUUCAUGGCCUCCGUGGCAGCCUUUAUAUCCUAUAUGGAAGAUAUCACUUACUUCAACUCCGUCUAUGCCUGUUUUAUAACAUACAGUACCAUCGGAUUCGGGGAUAUCGAUAUCUACCGCAUCUCCUACCGCUCGAACUGGUUCAAUUUAAUGAUUUACGGGAAUUGCGUCCACAUCGCAGGGUACGUCAUCCUUUCUGCGUGGGUUUCUUCGAUCUUGGACAAAUGUGGAAUCAGAAGACAUCGUUAAUCCGGGAAUGGUUGGCGCAGUUUUCUGCAUGUCUGACUGAAUAUUAUGUGAAAGACUCUCGAAUAAAAAUAGUAGACA